CUUGAAGGAACCGGGGCGAGUACCAGACCAACUGCUCAGCUCGACCUCAUAGCCUUGAAACUCGCAGGUCCAACAAAGAUUCUCUUUGCAUGGUACAAUGGGGUUCCAUGAGUUCACUACGCGCUCUAUUCAUAGGCCACGACAGGACACGGUACAGCUUAGGAAUACGUACGAAACCCAAACUUUUGGUGGUAGGGUAUCUCCAAUGAGUUUCCAAUCAGGACCAUCUUCUCUGGAUGCAUGUUUGGAAUCUUUAGCUCACCUUCCCCUGUGCCGAGUCCAGCGAGCCUUUUGCCGUAAUGUGGGACUCAUUCCGUUCCUCCCUCUCUCGACCAUCGGCAGAGCUCCAUCAGCCCUCCUCGUUCAGCCCCCUCUCUCUAUACAAUACUACCUAGCCCUAUCAUUAUCUUACGACUCUGCAAAAGCGCCCUUUAACGAACACAUUAAUCACGGUAUAGCCCAUCUCCUUCAUUCGAGCAUUCCUCGUUGUCUGAACCGUGUCGGGUGCAUUUCCGUUUGCCCCACCCCGCAAAGUUCUCAACGCACUCACCGCUGCAUCGCCCGCCACUCUCGGAGCUAUGACAAUCUAUGCUUCAGCUGGCUCCCGCCUCUCUCACUAGCUCAUCUUAUCAUCUUUCUCUUCGAACGUACACACGGGACUCGCUCGGUAUCUCUUACCUUUUUACGAAGCCUCAAAUGACCCGCGACUGAGCUCCGCUGACUUCAAUCUCGCGCUUCAUUCCCACACAUCCAAGUCGAGCCUUACCACCGAUUUGCAA